GCCAAAAAGGGAAAAACGAUAGCAGUCACUAUUCUACAGAUCUUUGUUUUCCACUUCACUUCUCCACGGUUUGUUGUACUUUUUAUUUAACUUCGGCAAAAGAGUGAACAAGUUAUGAGCAUGGCGGACUCAGACGUCAACAUGACAGACUCUGAGGUCAACGUCACGGACUCGGAGCUCCACAUGGAGUGUGUGGAGGAGGAUCUGACGCCGUGGCAACAGCAACCAGAUGAGGAAAUGGAAGAAACAAGCAAGGGACCCAGUAAAGUACCUCCCGAUGACACUUCGGUGAUGCACCUCAGCCGCGGCAGUAACAUCACAACCAAACCCAUGCCUGCCCUUGCACCGUUACUACCCAAACCAGUGGUCCUGACUCAGGCUAUGACUCAAGUGCUGCAGCCUCUUCAGACCUCCAUGCCUCAGGUGCUGCAGAUGCCGACCACUAUGUUGCCUAGCACCAGCAGCACCACUGGGAAGAACAUCAUAUUCACCACACAGAACAUUCAAGGGGGUACACAGACCAUAAGUGCCGAACCGGUAGGAUAUAUCCUGAAUGGCCAGCCCAUCACCGUGCUGCCUGGUGGCCAGGGAACCCAGCUGCAGCUAGCGCCCCAGCAGGCCCCGUCUCAGCCCAGGGGCAGACCGUCCGCCAGCGGCUUCACCACAGUGCGGAUCCCCGUCACCCUCACCAUCCGCACCACCAACGGAGUCCAGACCAUCAGCACUGUGGGCACCGGCGGGGUCACCCUCUCAUCCUCCCCCGCGACCCUCCACACCACCGCUCCAUCUGUCACAGCCAGUUCUUCAGGUGCAGCAGGAAGCCAUGCUGUGAGACCCCUGCCAAUCUCACCCAGAACACAACAGCAUCCGACCCUGCAACCAGCUCCCAGCACUAACAGGUCCCCAGCUACCAGUGGUCCGAGCACGGCUCCCUCUCCUAGUGCACCCCUCAGAGUGAUUGCACCAGCCCCCGCCAAGACAAAGAUGUGCAAGCGCUGUGGAUCCGAGUACAAAUUGGUCAACGCCCUCCGGGGUUUCAUGUGUCUCUGCAGCAAGCAGAUCGCCCUGAGCCUGGAUGCUAUCAAUGCCAUGGCCAAGCUUUCCUCCAAACCUUCCAAAUCUUCCAAGUCCUCCAAAGCCACCGCCUCCUCUCCCUCCUCUUUGUCCUUCUCCGAGACCUCCAAGGAGACCUCCAAGGAGCCAAUCACCACGCCGGUGCGACCAGUGUAUGUUCCCGAGGGUGGCAGCUCCAUCCUGGAGGCCGACCAGCAGGGCAAGCUCAUCAUGCUGGUGGAGGACUUCUACUACGGCGUGGACAAGGGACGCAACCUGAGUGGCGCACCAGUGGAGAAGCCGCCGGGCAUCUUCAAGUGCAUUCACUGCGAAAAGACCCUGAAGACUAACAUCAAGCUGAUGAACCACAUGCGUCACCACGUGGAGAUGACGGCACAGCAGAACGGCGAGGUGGACACGCACACCGCCUGCCAGCACUGCUUCCGCAACUUGGCAACGCCCUUCCGCUUGCAGUGCCACGUGGAGAGCGUCCACAGCCAGUUGGAGUCCACCACUAAGUGUAAGAUCUGCGAGUGGGCAUACGAGAGCGAGCCUGUCUUCCUGCAGCACAUGAAGAACACCCACAAACCGGGAGAGAUGCCCUACAUUUGCCAGGUGUGCGACUACCGCUCGUCCCUGUAUGUGGACGUUUUUGCCCACUUCCGUGAGUUCCACAACGGCACGGCCAAUCUGCUGUGCCCCUACUGCCUCAAGGUGUUCCGCUCCAGCAGCAACUACCAGAACCACUACAGCCGCCACCAGAAAAAAAACGUGUUUCAAUGCGACCAGUGCCGGCUUCAAUUCCUCUUCGCCAAGGACCGGGCAGAGCACAAGGUGCAGUACCACAAGACCCACCUCAAGCCACGGCAGCUGGAGGGCCUGAAGCCUGGUACCAAGGUGACUAUCCGGGCCUACGCGCUGCAGGGCAAGCAGUAUUACUAUCAGGAGUCUUCGGGCCGAGGAGACCUCCGACCCUCCAAAGUGAUUGAUGUUCCGUCUGCUCCCCAAAAACCAGAGCCCAAGAAGAAGCCUGUCGAGAGCCUGAUGAAGCUGCUCACUAAGUUCCAGAUGAGUGCAUCGCUGGCCCAACAGAACUGCAUGGAGUGCACCUUUAAGAUUCCCAACUUUGCCAACCACUUCCCCACAUACGUCCACUGCUCCUUGUGUCGCUACUGCACCUGCUGCUCCCGGGCUUACGCCAACCACAUGAUCAAUAACCACGUGACUCGCAAGAGCACCACCCAAUAUCUGGCCCUGUACGAGUCAUACCCAAGAAUGGAUGAGAUGAGGUGUACGUCGUGUAACUACAGAACCAAGGUGGGUGACAUGAUGGCCAACCACCUCAUGGAUCACCCAGACCAUGAUACUGCAAGCUUCAGCAAGCUGGAGGAGGAAGAUGUGCCUGAGGCUUCUCAAAGCAUUGUCGUUCCAAAAAUCAACCCAGGUCAAGGAGGGUCUUUUGUGCCUAUCCAUCUGCUACCAGCUGGCAAUAGUUCCACCCUGCGCUCUAUCAAACCGCUCCUAUCCUCCAAACCCAGCAUGACUAUCAUGGUCCUUGGUCCCAAUAAAACCGUGCCCUCCACUGCCCCUGCUUCAUCCAAUGGUGUCUGGACAACCCCCAAGGUUGGUGGCUUAGGCCAUGUGAUGGAGCCCCAGGCAGUAGGGUCCGAGGGGCUGAGCCAGAGAGAGCUUUUCCACGGAGGAAAGGCCAGGAUGGACAAAUCCAGGAAAGAAGGGUCAACCAAAUUAACGGUGCACCAGCUGAAGGUGAUGCUUUAUGCCCUGUGCAAUGGCUUCCCCCAGGCAUCCCUGCGCUUUGGCACCCAGCCAGAGCUCAUCCAGGACUGGAUGCUGCAGCAGGAGAUCCAGCGCCUCCAGAAGGACUGGAUCUGGAGCACGGACCGCAUCGCAGAGUGGGUGAUGUGCCAGCGGGAGCAGCAGCUGCCAGUCACAGAGGAAAACCUGCUCCAGACAGCCACGCAGGCCUUGGAGGCGUCGCACGAGAUCGGUGAGUUCUACGAGUGGGCUGUGGAGUUCAUGCUCCGCCACAACCUCAGUCUGCAGGCCACCUGCUCCGCCAAGCACCCGUUGCCGCGCAACGUAUACGAGAGCGUCCGCAUCUUCACUCGCUUUGUCUGCAAGCAAGUCAAAGAUGUCGGUUUCCGGCCACCCUCCAUCGGAUGCAUCGACGAGCUCUCUGUGUUCGUGGACCUGGAUAAGCUCAAGACGGACCCUGAAGCGUUUCAGUUGAUCGGCACCGGGGAGCCCCUGAUAGAGGUGGUCCUAGCAGGGCUGGCUGACGGCACCAUGCUGCCCACCAUGGUGUUCCUCAAAGGCAACCCUCCACACCUCCAGAAGGCCAUCCCGGACUCUGUCUUCCUGGAGGCGCGCCCGCAAGGCUUUACGGACAACGAGCGGCUCCAGCUGUGGCUCUCUAAGGUGUGGCAGAAGCAUGUGAACCCCCAGGCAGGGGGAAAAGGUCUGCUGAUCAUGGACACCCACCACGGCCACCUGGCUGACGACUUCCUGGCUGCCCUCAACAGCAGCAACACCCUGCCGGCGGUGAUCCCCAUCGGCUGCUCCUGCCGCCUGCAGCCCCUGGAGCUGUGCGUAGCGCCUGUUAUGAAGGAGUUUCUACAGGCCCGCUGGUGUGAGAUGCACACCCAGAAUGAAGGAGCUGUGACUCUGGGGCCAGGUGACCUGGCCCUACUGCUGGUGGAAUGUCUAGGUGACGUGGUCUCAUGCUUGGCAGCGCAGCCCCAGAUCUUCCAGCAGUCCUUCAUGAUGGUCAGCACACCACCACAGGAUGAAGGAGAUGAAGGCCCGGCAGAACUGGUGCAGAGCCUGACCGAGGCUCUGGUCAUGCUUUCUCCAGCAAGGUCGAAGAGCGCUGUAGUGCUAAUGAAGGUGGAGCCAGAGGACAAAGGGGUGAGCUCAGACAUUACGUCGGCAUACACCUUGCCCUCGCCGCCACCCAACCCGCAAGCCCUCAAACAAGUGUUUGAGAAGGACAGCGAUCUGGAGUCUUUCCACGGUUUUGAGGAAACUGAUUGUUGAUCAUUUGCGGACCGACACCUCAGAGACUACGGACUUGGAUCUUUUGACACUUUCAAACCGAGGGAAUUGUGACAUUUGAAGCAGAGAUGGGAUAGCUCUGGAGACUGUACCAGACCCGUUAAACUGUGCACAUGCUUGUUCCUUUAACUUGGGAUGGUGAUGUAACUUUCAAAUGUGUUUUUGUACAUUUUCUAUGACAAGCUGCUGUCUUACGUCUAACCCUAUAAAGGUUCAACACAACCUGUCUUAUGCAAUUAAAAACAGUCUCUUCCUGUCAACACUAGACUACAGGCUUUGUAAAUAACUUAUACUCAUUUCUUAUCAGUGAGAUCAGAAUGUCACUUCUAGUAGGGAAUGUUUGAUAUUCUGUUAACUCACUUGACUGUAUGUGGAAAUGGUGCCGGAGCUCUGACAUAUCUCCCAAUCUACUUUUCAUUUGUGAAGCUAAGACAAACAGCCCAUCCCUUAUCAAUUGGCCCUUGUUUCAAUUUACCGAAAGCAAUGUAGCCAUGUCUAAUGAGAAAUUACCUCAGACUAACCAUGCCGUUCACAGGAAAUCUCAGAUCAUGCCUUAUGAUGGAAUCCAAGAGAUGGCAGUCUACCUCUCGGUUUGUCUUUUUUCUUCACCUGAACGAUUAACUAUUUUUAAAUAUGAAAUAAAGUGCUGGAUCUGCUUUAA